UAACCAGAUCAUUCACAUGCCUCCAUAAAUAGGAAAAGUACAGUAAACAAACAAACAAAAACAAAAAUUAAAAGAUGCGGCUGCCGGUGCAAUCAGAGAACAUUUCUCUCCAUUUUUUUUCAACUCCCUUCACCGCCCGUGCUCCGUGCCUCUCAUUCUCCCAGUGCACUGCAGCUCCUCCUUCCACCUCUCUCAUCAGCUGCCCCUCCCUCUUCCUCUCUGUCUCUGCUAGGUGCAGCAUGUAUGUGAGCGUGUGUGAGCCAGCAGAGCCGCCUGUGUGUUUACAUGUCAGCCUAUCAGUGCUGCCGGAUUUAGCGCAUCUGGAGAGGACGAAGGCAUUUCUCAAAUGCCCCUCAGACAAGGGAUUCUCGUCUCUGCAUAUAUCCCUCUUUCCCAUUUGACUCCAGCCCGUCUCGUCUCCUGCAUCCCUGCCUCCAUGCUUUCGGAGGCAUUUUGAAUUUCCUUGGCAACAUGGAGCUGCCUGAAUUAGAAUUCUCUGCAUGACAGUCCUGGUAAGCAGUAGGAUGGUGUUCGGAGAGGCAGGAGGGCACAGCUACUUGGUGGCUUGCUGGCAGCCCAUCCUGAUCCUGAUGCUCGGCACCGUCCUUUCUGGCUCCACCACCGGUUGCCCGUCCCGAUGCGACUGCAACGCUCAGGAGCGUUCAGUCGUGUGCCACCGACGGAGGUUGGCAGCUCUUCCUGAGGGUAUUCCCACUGAAACAAGGCUCUUGGACCUCAGCAAGAACCGUCUGAAAACUCUGGGGCCCGAGGAGUUCAUUAAUUACCCUCAGCUGGAGGAGCUGCAACUUAAUGAAAACACCAUUUCGUCCAUUGAGCCUGGGGCGUUUGGCAACCUUAUGAACCUACGAACUUUAGGUUUGCGCAACAACCAGCUGAAGCUCAUUCAGUUGGGGGUGUUCACAGGCCUGACCAACCUCACACAGCUGGAUAUUAGUGAGAACAAAAUUGUCAUUCUGCUUGACUAUAUGUUCCAGGAGCUGUACAACCUGAGGGCUCUGGAGGUCGGAGACAAUGACCUGGUGUUCAUCUCACCUCGAUCAUUUCAUGGUCUCAGCAACCUCGAAAGCCUCAACAUCGAGGGAUACAAUCUGCCUUCAGUUCCCACUGAUGCCCUUAGCCAUCUGCAUAACCUGUUGUCACUUCGAUUAUGCUAUCUUAACGUCACUGUCAUAAGGGAUUACUCUUUCAAGAGGCUGUAUCGGCUGAGAGUGCUGGAGAUUUCUCAUAUGUCUGCUCUGGAUACUAUGACUCCAAAAUGCUUGUUUGGACUCAAUCUUACGUCAUUGUCCGUCACAAAUUGUAAUCUUAGUGCUAUCCCCUACCAAGCCAUCAGUCACCUAAGGCAUCUUCGGUUUCUGAAUCUGUCUUUCAAUCCCAUUGAGACUGUGGAAGGGAACCAACUGUUCAAUCUACAGAAGCUGCAGGCUUUUCAUUUGGCUGGUGGCAAAUUGAGAGCCAUUGAACCCUACUCUUUCCGAGGACUCAACCACCUUCGUGUACUCAAUGUAUCCGGCAACAGCCUGAGCACCCUGGAAGAGGCCGUCUUCCACUCAGUGGGAAACCUGGAGACCUUGGCUUUGUAUGACAACCCUUUGGCCUGCGACUGUCGCUUGCUCUGGGUCUUCCGUCGACGAUGGAGGCUCAACUUCAACAGACAACAGCCCAUGUGUGCUUCGCCUGACGUUGUGAAGGGAAAGGAGUUCAAGGAUUUCCCAGACGUGCUCCCACAAGACUAUUUCAUCUGCCAGAAAUCAAAAAUCUUGGAUUACAAGGUUCAAGAAAGCCACGUAGAUGAAGGAACAACGGUUCAUUUUACCUGCCAAGCUGAGGGAGACCCAGUUCCUGUGAUAAUGUGGCUAUCUCCUAAGAAGGAAUACAUCACUACCAAAACUGUUGGAUCAAGACUUUCUGUGUCUAAUGAGGGUACACUGGAGGUCCGUUAUGCCCAAAUCCAGGACAAUGGCACCUACUUGUGCAUUGCAAGUAAUGCAGCAGGAAAUGACACGAAAGCUGCACAUCUUUUUGUGCACAGCUACUCCCCGAAUUGGCCCCACCAGCCAAACAAGACAUUUGCCUUCAUUUCCAAUCAGCCAAGCGACGAAGGUGCUAAUGUGACCAGAUCCACGGUUCCGUUUCCAUUUGACGUAAAGACACUCAUCAUUGCAACUACCAUGGGAUUUAUCUCUUUCCUCGGAGUGGUCCUCUUCUGUCUUGUAAUAUUAUUCCUUUGGAGUAGAGGGAAAGACAACACUAAGUCGAGUAUAGAGGUUGAAUAUGUGCCACGUAAAGAGGAAACCGAGGAAGCCAGUCCAACUGAGGCCCCUGUGCAAUUCAACAUGAAAAUCAUGUGAACCACAAAACGAGGUCAUGUAAGCUUACAAACAGCAGUCGGGAUGCAUACUAUCCUUGCUUCAAAUAUGUACUCAGUUUAUGAGCGAUAGAAAUUGCACAGCAGCAAACGCAUCUUGACACUAUACCCUAGACUUUUUGUUUGUGUUUCGAUUUUUUUUUUUGUUUUGUUUUUUUUACUUCAGGGACUGAAUCUUUCAAAUCAAAUGUUGACUUUAAAAUAUUCGGAUUUCUGUACAUUUGUAUCGGCAGUACCCAAUCAGUAUGUUAACAUGCACUCAACGAACCGAACUCAACGACUGGCACAUGUAACCAAAUAAAGGUAAUAUUUUGAAUAAAACACACUAUCUGAAAUGAUCUGGAGAUUACACUGCAGGUGUAAUCUUUCCAUUAGCACAAAAAGGUCCUCUUCUUCAGAUCUUGAUUCUGUUUUUUUGCUUUGAUGGAUGUACAAAGCACAAUGACCCACUAUUUGAGCACAAGUUCUCUUACCUGAAACGUAAAGUGGAAAGCAGAUUUAUUUUCUCCCCUUUCCCCUCUAAAGUAAUUAACCAGUAUGACAUGCAGAGUUUUACCUUAAGAUAAAAAGAAAAAUGAGUAGACGCAAGGGAUGUGGUGGUAUUUUGCCAGAAAAGGAUGCACUUUUAAGAAAGAAGGCAUACAGUUCCAAAGAUAAAGAAAGAAAAUCACACUGGGACUUAAGAAGAAGUUAUGAAAAACGUUUCACUGCCAUUUCUGUGAAAUUAAAAAACUGCAUUGUCCUGUCCUGAAGAAACCAUGUCUUAAAACUUCUGAAAGUAGAUUGUUUCUCCAUUAAGCCUAACAGAAAAGUAACAUUAAUAAACCGACUCUCCGACUUUUGCUGUAUCAAUCAGGUUAAUACCUGGAGUAUUUUCUUAUCCUGGUAAGUGUCAAGUCCAAGUCUGCAUGUUAACAGACUGAAGGAAAAAUACGCUAUAGUAUGUGCUCCUUUCAGCCAAGAAAGGAAUUUUGUCAUCAAAUGUCUUGACAUGUUGGCUAUACAUAUUUUUUCUGUAUUUUAUUCUACCUUGUACAUUACGCUAUGGCACAAUAGUAAUGCUUUCGAUGGCUGUGGGUUGUGAACAUAUUACAAUCUAAAGAGCAGAUUAAAUAUUCUGUAAAACAGUUUUAGAUGUAGUGAAACCUUUUCCGGGGAGCACAACAGCCCCUCCUCCCUGAAAAUCCUCAGAUUAACGAUUCAUCAUCGAACGUGAAAACGCUGAUUCGUUUUCCCAUUUGGCAGCUCAAGAAAAAACUCUGUCCAAAAAGUGGUGAAAAUAAUAAUGUGUUGCCUUAAGUUACCCAUUUCCCAGCUUUCUGGUGAGCAAUACCCAAUAUUUAUGUGUAAAAUGGAGUUUUAUGCCUCAUAAGGAUUUUGUGUUGUUUAAUUAAUUUAACAGUCCAGGUCUGCUCUCAAGAUUAUGUGUUCAUUAACUCUUAAAAUACUUGUUUAAGAAGGGAUGGGCAGAUGGAAAUUCUAUUAAAAUAAAGAACAUUUUAUAUAA